AUACCCAAAAAAGAUUUCCAGUAAAGAAACUUCUAUUUAUAAAUAUUAGAUUUACUUUCAUUUGUUAACUUGAAGAAGGUUAGUAACCCUAAAUCACCAUGCAUGGCCACCACACGGAAACAGAUCGCGUCGUCCACGGCGUUUGGGAUAAUCCGGGUGUAUCGAUUUUUGCCACCGCCGCCCAGGAGCCCAUACCCAACAUGUUGACCCACAUGAAGCCACUGCCAAAUGGUGAUAACUGUGACACUGACAAGGAUGCAUGCCGUAUAGUUUCACAGUCUUCGGUGGCGGAGAACUCCCUCUUCCGGCUGGUCAAAUUUCAGGUGGAAGAAGUGGCCGCCGAGCUUAAUAAUCACUUGAAUCCUCGCCAGGGACAAGAUCAAUCCGAUGUCGAUAUCACCAUGGGUUUGGCUAAAGAAUUGGCCCUCCAGCAGGUGGAGAAAAGUAGACUCAUUCAAAUCCAUCGUAAUGCGGCAAAUUUAAGGGAUCUCGAGAUGGAGGUGGCUCAUGCCCACACCGCGCUGGCUGUGAAGAACAAGAUCCUCAGUAACAUAAGAGAAAGGGUGCAGAAUAGGCAACGGGAACGGGAAGAGGCUCUGGCAGAACAGCGGGCUAUAGAGAAGGAGAAGCUGGAGGAGAAGAGGCUACAGGCGCAGAAGAAAGCCGCCUUCCGUAGUGAUAUUAUGACCCAGAUCAUGGAGAAACGAAACAAGCAGCAAAAAGAACACCAGGAAGCCGUCGAAAUGGGACGUCUUGAGCUGAAGGAAUGCAAAGAGAAGGCUGAACAGGAGGUCCUAAAUAAUGCAAUUACAAAGGAGAAACAGCGAAGGGUGCUCUUGGAGUCCCUGGAUCAAUCGGCAGCCAUGCUAAGGCAAACCCGCGAAGCCAACUCUCUGGCCCAGAAGAAUAAACCCGAAAGAGGAAUCCUGGAUGCAUUAGGACCAGUAACGGCGACCUAUGUUUCGAAGGAGAGGAAGAGACACUUUGAUAUGAUCGAGGCCAGGGACAUAAAUGCUGCUCGUCUAGGCUUCCAGCUCAGUCAGAUCAGGCGAGAUCUGCAGUCGCGCGAAGAACUUAUCACAAGUCUCCUGAUCCGCGAGCAUAAAGCCAAAGAGAAUGCAUUGGCUUUGGAACAGGCCAGGACCAAGAUGGCCAAGAAGCAGGAGAUUCGGGAACAAUUACUCAGCCAACGCGAGGAGCAGAAGUUCUUCAGGGAUAAAGCUGUGCAGGAUGCUCUGAUCAAGCCCAAUGAUCCCAUGUGCUUUGGCGAACGGCAAUAUCGAAUGCAGGUGGCCCAGCAAGAGAACACACGACGUAUUGAUGUCCAGUGUUAUAAGGACAUGGACGAUAUGGUUGUGGAGAACAAGAAGCGCAGAAUUGCCGCUGCUCAGGAGGUUGAGGACAUUCUCCAGGAGCUGCGUAAUGUUCAGCAACGGCAGGAUGAGUUUGUGGCCUCGGAGCGAAUGAAGCUGCUAUCCCAGCAGCCUAAUGAAGUUCUCUUGGCGCUUAAGAAGUCCAUGUUAACCAAGGAGGAGAUCAAUACUUUUAACUUAAAGAAGUGAACAUUUUUACCCUGUUUAGUUCAGGGUUUUUUUUUUAAUAAUAUUAAAAAUUUGUUUAAUUACAUUCUAAAUUAUCUUGGCUGGUAGAAAAUAUAUAGGA